GUUGUUAAUCACUUACUACUUUUACGUGUUCAGAGCUGUGGGCUGUGCAAAGUGAGGCAGAGACUCAAGCAGCGGAGAGAGCAUCCUGUACCUCCCAUCUUUCACAGGAAGUCCUACCUUUCCUCUGGCUCUCCCUGACUCCUCAUUUCACUUCCUGCUCCGAGCAAGUCAGCUCUCUCCAGCAUCUCUGGACAUUUUGAUGUUUCUCAGUUUAAAGCAGCAGCAGCAGCAGCAUGCCUCAGGUCGACCCCCGUCUCAAGUGUCUCUUCAUCACCUUCAACAUCUUCUUUACGAUUGUGGGUGGGCUCAUCGUCAUCGUCUCCUUGGCUCAGCUGACUCCAUCACUGGACGACUUUCAGGGAGGAAAUGCUUCUGAAGGUCCUACAACCAGUCACAUUGUCCUCUACAUCGGUGGCUCCGUUACCAUGGUGAUCGCAAUCCUGGGAGCCUAUGGAGCCCGUCGGGAGAACCCGGCGGCUCUGAUUGUGUUCCUGGUGUGUGUGCUGGUCGGAGGUGUGCUGAUGCUCCGAGCUGUGGUCCUCGCUGCUGUUGCUCGACCCAAGCUGGAGAGUCUGAUGGAGGAAAGGUGUCGUUCGCUGCUUCCGCUGGACCAGGCUCCAGUCGACAUCAAGAAUCAGGCUGCAGCUCUGCAGACAUCACUGCACUGCUGUGGUCUGUUCAGCUAUGAGGACUGGGAACAGAACAUCCCCGACUCCUGUCUGUGCAGCCAGCAGGAGGAGAUGGAGGGCAGGUGUCAGACAGUCAGCUACAAUAACUUCCUGUUGAACCUCUUCUGGCAGAAGAAGUCCGUGUUCAGACAGAACUGCCUUCCUCUCAUCAUGGAGUCUGUCAUUAGAAAAGCUAACAUCACUCUGGGCUCACUGGUGACUCUGUUGGUCCUGGUGGUGUUCGGCUCCGUGCUGUCCUCACUGAUCACCUGCCAGGUGUCCAGCACGUCCAUCGGGCUGCCGGUACCCGUGAUGUUCGACCAGCCGCCUGCCUACGAGCACCUGUACGACCUGUCAGAGUAGGCAGCCGUCGCUUUCAAGACAAAACCCCGCGAAGCUUCAACAUAUUCACGCUUUCCUUUCGAUGGUGCCUUGAACCCCGUGAAGAGGACUGAGCGAUGACGUUUGCCCUGACAGGAAGAGCGAGAAUCAUACAUUACAUACAUACACGUACAUUUCCAUCACCUUGAUUAUUCAGUAUAGACGGGCCAUGUUCAAAGCUUUGUUGUUUGGGUUGAAUAAAGAAAGGUCACCUGACUGACCCUCUGCAUGGCGGCAAACAGAGGAGUCUCGUACCGCAUUACUGCCUAACGUGAAAUGACGCUGCUGAACGCCUCAGUGUCACACUCUGUGCUUUGUUUGUUAUUUUCAGUGAAUUGGAGCUUUGUUGCUGUGAUGCUGAUGUUUCAGUCCGGCAGGUGGACUGAGCUUCUGCCUCUGCAACGCGUCACAACGUUAGCCGUGUUGCGUGUUGCGUUAGCUGUGCACGUUAGUCUGAACAUCAGCAGCUUGAACAUCAACAGUGAGGUAACAUCUGAUUAACCCCAAUUCCACCAAUCAGAGGACACGAUGCUGCUGCUCAGUUUUCAUAUCAAUUCAAGCAUAUUUGAGGCUUGUUUGCCUCACCUGUGCAGCAUUUGGUCUCUUUUUAAUGUCUUGUAUUCCCUGUCUGUUGUGUUUUAUUUCUACUUAAACCUCCUGGUUAAAUCAACAUUAAAUAAAUUCA